GGCUGCUGUGUCAGUAGGAGUUCAGCUGCUGCUGGACUUUCUGUCAGUCUACAUGAGGAUGAAGAUGAAGCUGCUCCUCUUCCUCUGCUGUGUCCUCUGGGUCUCUGCGGACGUUCUACAUGAGGACCUUGCUAUCACUGGAUGUUCAGAUUCUGAUGGAGAGAACAUGUAUACUCUGGAUGGUGAAGAGAAGUGGUACGCUGACUUCAAACAGGGGAAAGGAAUCGAACCUCAGCCUCCUUUUGUAGAUCAUAUGAGCUACCCAGAAGGAACUUAUGAAGAAGCUGUGGCUAAUCAACAAGUCUGCAGAACAAACCUGAAAGUUGUUCAGAAAGCCAUGAAGGACCUUCCUCUAGAAAACGAUCCUCCAUCCAGCAUGAUGAUCUACAGCAGAGACUAUGUGGACCUUGGAGAGAAGAACUCUCUGAUCUGCCAUGUUUCUGGUUUCUAUCCGGCUCCGGUCAACGUCUCCUGGACCAAGAACGGAGAGAAGGUGACUGAAGGAACCAGCAUCAACGUUCCCUUCCCCAACAAAGAUUCUUCCUUCACCCAGAUCUCCAGACUGGACUUCAUCCCAAAGCAGGGAGACAUCUACAGCUGUUCAGUGGAACAUCUGGCCCUGACCCAGCCACUGACCAGGAUCUGGGAGGUGGAGGCGACUAAACCCGGUAUAGGACCAACAGUUUUCUGUGGACUGGGUCUGACUGUUGGAGUCGUCGGGGUUGCAGCUGGAACUUACUUCUUCAUCAAAGCAAUCAAGCGCAGCUGAUUGGCCGGAGCUGAUGAUGUCAUCUAUAAUUCUGUAUAUAAAUCCCAGCUUCAGUUUAAUCAGUUAUUUCUUGAGAACAUGAACUUUAUUAGUGUCGUCAUUAAUACGACAUAAAGACAGAAAUGAACAUUUUCUAUUGUAAUUAGUCCUGAUUUAUUAACACUGAAAGCUGUCUUCACAUUUCACAUGAAGCAGAUGUUUUUAUCCUCUUCCUCCUGUAAAAUACUUCUUAAGAAAUAAAACUGAUAGAAACAGUUUCUACU